AUAUAAAGCAAGAAAAAUAAAAUAGUACAUCAGAAAAUCCACUAGCAUAGCAAAAGAAAAUGACAAUUCUCUCUGAGCUCUUAUAUCAUCUUUAUGUAAAAACAAUAGUCCUAUUUACAUAUUUUCUAAUAGAAUUUUAUGUUUUCAUUUACUACCUAAAGUCAAAUAAACAUCAAAUUUCCACUACCCAAUACCUCAAUUUCAUUGAAGAGAGGAACCCCACAAUUCACUACACAAGAAGGUUGAAGAAACAACACAUAGAUUGUAGGGUAUGUUUAUCUGAUUUUGAAGAAGGGGACAUUGUGAGGAACUUGAAUUGUGAACACACAUUUCAUAAGGAUUGUUUGGACAAGUGGUUUUUGCAAGAUCAAUAUUAUUGUGCUACUUGUCCUCUUUGUAGGAACAAUGUUUUGCCAGAUGAUGUUGCUUCAAAGUAUUGUUUGCUUCAAAAUCAGGAAAAUGGAGUGUAGUAAUUAAAUCCAGUUUCGUAGAUAAGAUAAGAUGUGGUGAGAAAAAUAAAAAGAUUGGGUAUCUGAAAGAGGUGACUUGGUCCAGCUAGCUACUACAUGGAUAUUCCAUGAAGACCCUUCUCCUUAAUAUUAAUAGAAUGAUAAUGAUGUAGGUGAAAGCAGUUGAAGAAUUUGAUGCAUGAAAAAGUGAUACCUCAAUUUAUUGGUUGCGACAAUCUCAGGGGUCUCCAUAACUUUUCUAAUGUGACUAGUGGCUAGUGUCCACCGCCACAUGCAAUACCAUAAAAAUUGAGAGAUCUUUUUAUUUUAAUAUUAUUGUGAAAAAUUGGAAGGAAAGACAAAAUGUCAUAUUCAUCAUCUUUUAAUUAGUUUUAUUAUCUUCUCAAUACAUGUUGUCACUGUUUUUAAUAUAUAAGUCGCUAUACACUAAAAAAGUUUGUAUGAGAAUUCUUCAUUACUAGAAAUGGAGAUAUCUCUAUAUAGAUAGAUAACUCAUUUAUGAUGAGAAAUUUAAUUUCUUAAGAUUCUAAUU